UACACAGUAAAUGGUUUGAUUAAACAGUAAAUAUAUAGCAAAAAUAAUCUCUCCUACUCAUACUAUUAAUGUAUGGAGAGGCUGAAUUACUUCAAUUGCGCUCACCUGCGUCCGGUGCUGCACUUGCGUCGCUACUCCAGUGCUCUCCGUCCUGCAGCGCUAACCUCCGCGGCGUCGAGUAUUUUUUAUUUAAUUUAUUUAAGUAAUAUGUAUGUCUUAAAUUUCCAUUAUAAAACUUAUUGUGUCAAAGUCUGAUAGGUGAACUCUACCUAUCGUAAUUGCAUACCGAUACUGAAUGUAUGGGAGGGUAUAAGUGAUGACGUAGUCAAUGGGUUUGUACGCAUGCGCAGUACAUCAAGCAUGCACCCAGCAUGUCAAUUCCUGUACUCACUUCUUUUAUUCCUUGUUUAAACUAUAAAUGGAGACCAUUCAGUAAAGUUUUUUUUAAUUGGCAAAACAGGAAUGAAAUUGAAUCGUCCUUUAGACCUUAAGGUUAGGCUUCUACAUGUUUGGCUUCUUAAUCACUGGCCACACACUCAGCCAGGCAAUUACCUGUUAAGCCUCUAAUGGAGGAAGGUCAAGAGUGGAGAAGGAAAAACAGAGCAGCAAAGUAGAAGUUCCAUACAUGGAGGACCACUAGGCGUCGGCUGUUUUCUUUUCUUCCUUCUCGGAGAGACGAAAUAAGCAACAACACUCUCUUCAGCAUGUCAACAGCAUCAGAGAGAACAUCUUCUACAAACUCUGCAACCUCAAUCUCAGCAGACAGCAAAGAUGGAGACCACGUAUCUGCCUCAUCUGGAGACUCCCCGUCAGGCUCAGUGUCUGAAAAGCCAAAGAAAUCAUUAAAAAAGUCCAAGAAAAAAACAGAGAGUAUGAACAAAGUCUACAUCUCCGUGCUCAGCAGUGUAUUCGGAGCUGAAAGAGAACUGGCUCAAGCUGAGAUUGAUGAGCUUCAAGAGGCCUUCAAGGAGUUUGACUACGACCAGGACGGCUACCUGAACUACAAGGAUGUGGCUGAAUGCAUGAGGACCAUGGGAUACAUGCCUACAGAGAUGGAGCUGCUGGAGAUAGUGCAACAAAUCAAGAUGAGAAUGGGAGGAUUGAUGGACUUUGAGGAUUUCAUUGAGCUGAUGGGCCCGAGGAUGAUGGGAGAGACUGCUGAUAUGCUAGGACUAAAGGAGCUGCAGUCUGCAUUUUUACAGUUUGACCUGGAUGGUGAUGGAAAGAUCAACCAGGAUGAGAUGAAGGAGGCGGUGAAGACGCUGCUAGGAGAGAAGUUGAAGAAAGGAGAGCUGGAGGAGAUCCUCAAGGAGCUAGAUGUAAAUGCAGAUGGAAACAUUGACUUUGAAGAAUUUGUGAUGAUGCUGUCCAUUCGAUAGGAAGACAAUAUGAACAGAAACAGUAGAAAAAGAAUCACAUUACAGUAUGAUAACCUCAGGAAGGUUGCUUGAGUAGUAGUAGCAGUAGUAGUAUGUAAAUGUUAAAAUGUUUAAGACAGUUGGUCUACAGCAGUGGCUCUCCAACUUUUUAUACUCCUACCUAAGAAAACAUUGAUCUCUCUGAGUACCACCAUGAUGACCAACAUUAGAAUAUAGCAGCAUAGGCCUUCCCUGUUAGCUUCCACCACAGGAGAGAUGUAGCAAUACCAAUGUACCAUGUCCCCGCGUACCAUUAGAGAGCACUCACGCACCACUCGUGGUACACACUGGUCUACAGUAA